UUUUCACGCCGCGUCGAGCUUUCUUCGACCAGCGUAACGGCCUCAACCCCGACCUUCUCCUCUCAGCGGAGCUUUCGAACCUCUGCAUCCCACCGAAACUCGGAAUCCGGUGAUAAUAAAAAUGACGGAAGUUCUCCGGCCGCUCCGAAGCCUGCAGCUUUUACACCCAAGUUUGGUGCAUCCAAGCCUGUUUCCGCAAAGUUAGGCGCUCCGAAGUUUGGAAGCAAAUGGGGUCCUGGAACAUCGCAGCCGACGGGCCUGAGUGCGGCGGAGCAAGCAUUGCGCGACUCGCUGGUUGCUAGAAGCAAGCCGCCACCUCCACCAUCACCGCGCGCGCCGGAGCGUGAGCGCUCAUCGCAGCCUCUACGGAAUCAAAGAUGGGCUAAUCGCUCCCAUACGGAUUCUCCCGCUAGAGAAGAGAACCCUCGCGGUCUACAGCACCGACAGCGGCGCAAUGACAACCAGGAACCCUCAGGACAUCGGAAUAACUGGAAUAAGGAAUCUCCAAGGCAUCGAAACGACCGGGAGAGGAGACCACGACAAGGGAACACAGUGACGCGGAGCCCGACCGAUUGGGAUUGUCCAAGUUGUCAACGCAUCGUCUUUCAAAAAUACUCGAGUUGUCCUUUCUGUCAAACACCGCGGCCGCGUUUGCCAUCAGAGCAAGCACGGCCGUCGCGCGACAAUGCGGAGUCUGCCAAGUUCCGGAACCUGGGUCGCUCACUGCUGGCGGAAUCUGAAGAGGCCGCACCGAAAAAGAAGACAGCAGAUAUUAAAUCUAAGGAACCUUCGGCCAAGGCUGAGAAGAAAAUUGACCAAUGGUCUUGGGAUAUGUCUGCCCUGGAGAACCUAGAAGUGGGUGGCGUGGAAGAAGAUGUACCGCAAGAUGUGAAAAAGUCCAAACGUCGGGAUGGAGGGAAGCUGCGGGGAUCAGAGUCCGCAGAAUUCGAGGCCGAGGAACGUGAACAGCGGCGCGAGGCACGCAAGCGCAAGAAGGCAAAGGAAGCGAAGAAAGCAGAGGCGCGCGCCGCUCCUCAGCCUUUGUACCUCCCUGAAUUCAUUAGCGUUAACAACUUGGCCGAUGUCAUUGGCGUCCGGCCUGGUCAGUUCAUUGCCCGCAUGGAGGAGAUGGGCUUUGAAGAUGUCGAAUACAACCAUGUGCUGGAUGCUGAGACUGCUGGUCUGGUCGCUGCUGAGUACAACUACGAGGCUAUUUUCGAUACUGGAGCCGAUAACAUUGAGGCUGCACCGGUGCCAGAGGAUAUUUCUCACUGGCCAUCCCGGCCUCCUGUGGUCACCAUUAUGGGCCACGUCGACCAUGGAAAAACUACCAUCCUGGACUGGCUGCGCAAUUCAUCGAUUGCUGCGACCGAGCACGGUGGUAUCACACAGCACAUCGGUGCCUUCUCUGUGCCAAUGCCUUCUGGGAAACUGAUUACUUUCUUGGAUACCCCUGGACACUCGGCAUUCUUGGAAAUGCGUCGUCGUGGUGCCGACGUCACUGACAUUGUGGUUCUAGUAGUGGCUGCUGAUGACAGUGUGAAGCCGCAGACCAUUGAAGCCAUCAAGCAUGCAACCCAGGCCAACGUGCCUAUUAUUGUUGCCAUGAGCAAGAUCGACAAAGAGGGCCGCAACCCCGACCGAGUGAAGCAGGAUUUGUCGGUCCAUGGUGUUCAUGUGGAAGAUUAUGGCGGUGAUGUUCAAGCUAUCGGCGUCAGUGGUAAGACCGGUGAGGGUAUGCUUGAGCUCGAGGAGGCAAUUGGCGCUCUUUCAGAGAUGCUUGAUCAUCGGGCUGAAAAGACCGGCAACGUCGAGGGAUGGGUUCUCGAGGCUUCGACCAAGAGUUACGGCCGAGUUGCAUCGGCUCUUAUCCGCCGUGGUACGCUGCGGCCGGGCGAUGUCAUCGUUGCCGGCAACACGUGGGCUCGAGUGCGCACUUUGCGUAACGAGGCUGGCUUGACCGUCGAUGAAGCUACGCCAGGAAUGCCCAUCGAGAUUGACGGCUGGAGAGACCAGCCCGCUGCUGGCGCUGAGAUUCUGCAGACACCCACCGAGCAGAAGGCGAAGGAUGUUGUUGAGUAUCGCCUGGACCAGGUUGACACUGAAAAGCUUGGCCAGGAUAUGAUUGCCAUCAAUGAGGCACGACGAGAGCUCUCUGAGAAGCGUAGACUUGAAGAGAAGGCCGAAUCGGAUGACGUGACCAAAGCUGCUGCUGCACCGACUGGCCCGAAGGCGAUCAACUUCAUUAUCAAAGCUGAUGUCGACGGUUCUGCAGAGGCAGUAAUGAACUCUCUGGCUGCCAUUGGCAACAACGAAGUUUAUGCUAAUAUCCUUCGCUCGGCAGUCGGUCCUGUGACAGAAUUCGAUAUCGAGCACGCUGCUGCCGCCAAAGGAAGAGUCAUCUCUUUCAACAUGCCCAUUGAUCCCAACAUGAUGCGCAUGGCAGAGCAAGAAGGCGUACGGGUGAUGGACCACAACAUCAUUUAUAAACUCAUCGACGACGUCAAGGCUGACCUCAGUCAACACCUGGCACCCAAUAUCACCCAACGUGUUACUGGUGAAGCUGAAGUUGGUCAAAUUUUCGAAAUCACCAUAAAGGGACGUGAGAAGAUGUCUAUUGCGGGUUGUCGUGUGCGUAACGGUACAGUCAACAAGACCCGCAAGGUCAGAGUCCUCCGUGGUGAUGAGACUAUCUACGAUGGCACCAUGACCUCGCUCAAGAACGUCAAGAAGGACGUUACCGAGAUGCGCAAAGACACCGAAUGUGGUAUCGGAUUCGAAGGCUGGUCUGAUUUUGCCGUUGGCGAUCACAUCCAGUGUUACGAGGAGAUCCACGAAAAGCGCUACCUAUAA